AUGGCACCAUUAUCACCAUCCCCGAAUAUGCAACCUACGUCACAAACUUUUGGGUUUACUCUUACUCAUACCACGCGGAGGAGUAUAUCGAACAGACCAACUAUACUAAAUACGUCGAGCGUAUCAAACAUAUCAUCUUUGCAGAGUGCACAAUCGCUCCCGAGCGCACCAACACUUUCAACCACUUCUCGCGGAUUAUCGUAUGGGCUUCCAUCAUCUACGAGAGGAUCUGGAAUGGUGCCUGUUGCAUAUGCAUCGCACCGAGCACUAUCAUCAUCACCAGCAUCUACAAUAUAUCCCCGACCUGCACAAGGACAGACAAACACGCAUACACAAUUGCAUGGUGAUGGCCCUCUUGCGGCUUCUCAAGCGUAUUCUUAUUCACCCUCGAUACUACCACCGAUACUACCACCAAUAUCAUCGCUGCCAUCACUACCAACAUCAGCUAGGUCAUCACCACCGACGGCUCCGACAGCUCCAACGGCUAUGAAUAAUGGUGGACAUGGUGGUGUGGGAAUGAGUGGUGGUGGUAUAUCUGGUAGUAACAAUGGUAGUGUUUCGAGUAGAACAGAAGGUGAGAAUGAGAAUAACGAUGAUAUCACGUCCAAUGGUACAUCUGAUAUAUACCUCACAGAAGAUGACAUUCCAAGCAUGCAUCAUCAUUUUAGGAGCAAAACCGUGUGUAAACUGAGCUGUAAACAUUGCGAAACUGGAGUCUGUGUUCGAGGAAUGAAGGCAAUGCUAUUGGCAGACAUACGGAUUGAGCUGUAUUCGACUGAUGUUCCCCCGUUAUCAGUUCAGUUGGUAGGAGAUGAUUAUAUGACGCAGAAUUGUCAUUGUAAGAUUAGGGAUGUUGCGUGUCUUACAUGCGGGAACGUACUUGGUUAUCAUAUAACUCAGCCAUGUCAGACAUGCAUGGAAGCUUGCAAUAAUGGACACUUUUGGAUGUUCCAUACAGAUGGGGUGAAUAGCGAGGAGAGACUGGAUGCAGAUGGUCAAAGAAUUCUACUAUGGGCACACCUUCCGCGUGCAGAGAAGGACUCUGAGAUCUUACAAACAGAGACCGAUGACACUGAAUUCUGCUAUCGGUGA